CCGGGCACGCCCCUCCUUCCGCCCGCGGCCCCGGAAGCCGGCGAUGGCGCGGAAUGUGCUGUACCCUCUGUACCAGCUGGGCAACCCCCAGCUCCGGGUCUUCCGCACCAACUUCUUCAUCCAGCUGGUGCGGCCCGGCAUGGCCCAGCCCGAGGACACUGUGCAGUUCCGGAUCCCCAUGGAGAUGACCAGAGUGGACCUCAGGAGUUACCUCGAGCGCAUUUACAACGUGCCCGUGGCUGCCGUGCGGACAAGGGUGCAGCACGGUUCCAACAGGAGGAGGGAUUACAGGAACGUCAGGAUAAAGAAACCAGACUACAAGGUGGCCUAUGUGCAGCUGAUCCGGUCGUUCUCUGCCCGUCUGGAGGUGGACGGCGCAGCCCUGGGAGUGUUGGCCUGGGUCCUCCCUCCGCCCCCCCCCAUCCUUGGAGCCGCUUUGCGAUGUGUAGCACGUGGAGGUGGCCCCGCACCUCACGCUGUUUGGGGUCCCCUCCUCCCUCCAGCCCACUGACGGGCCAGGCUGGUACCCCGGCCACGUGCUGGGGGUCCGGGCUGGGACUUGGCCGGCACUCACGUGUUCGGAACUUCUAGUGAAAGACGUAAAACCAGUUAAUUUGCAAAGCCGGUCUUGAUUUAUAGACUGCUCGCAUGUGCGUUUCUUUGUACGUUACAUGCGUUCUAUUUGCCAAGCUCUGAGCCGGGAGGAGGGUUAGUCUUUAAUGUGGGUAAAGGCCUGUAGGUAUUUUGGGUGGAAGACGUUCCAGGGAGGCAGCGGGCACGAUCUGUGCCUUGUUUCCUUGCCCCGACUCCUGCCGGGAGCGGGUGCUCUGCUGGGCUCCCCCGGAUGGGGACACGCUGCCUGAAGAGCUGGCCUCGAUGAGGGGCCUUGUCACAGCAGUGGGUUCCACCGCGGAGGGCCGGGGCCCGGCCUGCGUCCGUCCGUCCUGCA